UGCCAAUGUGUGUGAGAGUGUGUGCGCGCCUCUAGUGUCUCGUGUCUCCUCGGGCUUGAAUUGCCCGACGAAAAAAGAAAGCAAUUGACUGACAGUGACACCCGACACUCAAUCAUCCUAUGGCUGCGCUAUCAAUACCCAUACCGUACUAUCGUUCUCACUCCCAUGCCCUGUACAUGCGCAGUAGCUUAUUCAUAUCUUGAUUGAAUCAUGGCUCCCCACUUCAUCGACGACAAAACUGAGAUUUGCCUCCCCUUCAUCCUCUCUCAGCUCAAACUCCACCGCGAAGAGUCUCCCGACCGCCCCUUUGUCAUCGGCCUCAACGGUAUUCAGGGCGCCGGCAAGUCGACCCUUGUCAAGGCAUUGAGCAAGGCUCUCGAGAGCCAGCAAGUGCCCACCCUUGUCUGUAGCAUAGAUGAGUUCUAUCUCACUCGCCAGGAUCAGGUUGCCCUCGCUGAAGCUCACCCUGACAAUGCCCUUGUUCAGCAUCGUGGGGAGCCUGGAACUCACGACUUGCCUCUCCUCAAAUCCUUCUUUGAGGCAUUACUAAGAGGAGAGCCUACAAAGCUGCCCAAAUACGACAAAGCCAUCAAAGGCGGUCAAGGUGAUCGCCUCCCAGAGUCUGAAUGGCUUCCUGUGAAUCAGCCAGGCCAGGACAAGAUCCAGGCCAUCAUUUUGGAGGGGUGGUGUGUAGGCUUCCGUCCUCUGACCCGUGAGGAUGUUGAGGCGAGGCUCAACAUGCCCAACCGAACUCUCAAACAACAUAAACUUGAGGACCUUCUAUUCGUAAAUGAGAAGCUCGCUGAGUAUGACUCCGUCACAGAUUCCUUCGACGCAUUCAUUCAAAUCGACGCGGAAGAUCUUGGCUACGUCUACGGUUGGCGAUUGGAGCAAGAAGACCACUUGCGCGAGGAAAGGGGUGACCCGGAAGCAGGCAUGACAUCUGUGGAGGUGGUCAAAUUCGUUGACGGAUACUAUCCUGCUUAUGAGCUCUAUACUGAUAGGAUGAGAAAAGGAGUUCUGGCCAACCGACCUGGCCGUCAAUUGAGGAUGGUAGUAGGCCGCGACAGAAAAGUAAAACAUGUCCGACGAGUAUAAAAAGGGGGACACAGCAAAUGAUCUCACCUCCACUCACACCCGAACAAACCAAACACAACAAACCUUCACGACAGACUAAUGAUCCAUUUACGACCCUGAACCGGUUUCAGCGAAAUGAUAUAUUAUUUCAUCAAAGAUGUGACCAUCGUAGCGAAUCUAAAAAAACAUUUCCCCUGUAUGUGAGCUCAUAUCUGCUCUAGGGUGUCUUGCGAACCUCAUGGAUAUCUCACGCUCUGGUAUCGAGUAAAUCAGACUCCGGCACAAUGCAUUCAUAUCGGUCGUAAACUCAUUUCCCGAAAAACGAAAAACCAACGACUCUGUCCAUACGCCACGCAUAAUCUAUGCAGUUUUAUCCUCCACUACUCGCUGGCCAUCCUGCUUCAUCUUAGAGAGCUUUCGGUCAAUGGCCUGUGUCUUGAGACGGACAGCUUCUUCACGAUCGGCUGCUUCUUGUUCGAACUCCUGAAUGAUUUUGCGCUUCUGUCUUCUUGAAUCCAGAAGUUUUUGCAUGAGUGCACUGAACUCAUGGACAAACCAUUCUCCCGAGGUUUCCCAAUUUUCCAUCGACAUAUUGGAAAACAGGUCAUGCUGUUCCUUUUCACCCAGAUGACGAAAAUGCUCGAGUUUAUCUUCCAAAUUGCCAGCAUUAACUCCAGUAACCUUCUGCCCAUCCUUGGAAGGGUCAAAGUCGAAAGGCUGCUGCCGAAGGGA